AUGACUGAUUUUGGAGAAAUUCUCAAAAUUGUGGGUGAUUUUGGGCGUUUUCAAAAAUGUUUGGUGCUGCAAAUUUCUCUGGGAAGUUUUAGUAUUGCGUUCCAUAUGUUUGGCCAACUGUUCAUGGUUAUGGAUGUGCCUCAUCAUUGUGAUACCAGCUGGAUCCAUGACAUUAGUCCAAACCUGAGCAAGGAACAGCAGCUAAACUUAACUAUUCCUUGGAACACUCCUGGAUCUUAUGAAGAAUGCCAUAUGUACACUCAAGUGGAGCGAGAUAUUGAUUCCAUUCUACAAUAUGGGCUUAACUCCACUGAGAAAUGCCGGAACGGCUGGGUCUACCCUUCAGGGGAAGAGCAAACGCUGGUAACUCAGUUUGACCUGGUAUGUGAUCGAAAAGGACUACAUGACAUCUCCAUGUCUAUUUACACGGUUGGACUUCUCCUUGGAGCUCUGGUUUCUGGUUCAUUAAGUGACAGAAUAGGUCGGCGUCCUGUUACCUUGUUUUCCAUGCUUCUGAUGGGGGCAUUUGGUGUUGGAGCAGCCUUUGCACCAGAUUUCUAUGUCUACAUGGCUUUGAGAUGCCUGGUGGGUGUUGCUGUGUCGGGUUUCACUAUAAGCACAGUGACGUUAGGUGCUGAAUGGGCUGGAGUCUCCUACCGGACACAUACAGUGGUGAUCUCUCAUUGCAGCUUUUCCAUUGGACAGAUGACUUUGGCUGGCUUAGCCUAUGGGGUUCGCAACUGGAAGCUGUUGCAGAUUGCUGGAUCUGUCCCUGUGCUGUGUCUUUUCUUUUACAUAUGGGUCCUUCCAGAAUCUGCUCGGUGGCUUAUGACAAAAGGGAAGAUAGAGGAAGCCAAAAAACUGCUUCGAAAGGCUGCCUUUGUCAAUAACCAAAGCAUCCCCCCAGAACUGUUUGAACAGCUGACACCUGUAGAAAAGGAUACAUUUGGAACUAUUCUGGAUCUCUUCAGGAAGCAGCACCUGAGGAAUGUGACUUUAGUGAUGUUAUAUACCUGGUUUGUGAACAGCCUGGUGUACUACGGCAUGAGCCUCAAUGUGGGGAAUUUCGGCUUGGACAUUUACUGGAUGCAGUUUGUGUUUGGAGCUGUUGGGAUACUUUCUUGCUUGUGCUGCUCCUUCCUGCUACAGUGGUUUGGGAGGAAGAAAUGCCAGUGCAGCUUUCUGCUCCUGGGUGGAGUCAUGAUGCUCCUCAUCACCAGCAUCCCACAAGAUUUGCCAGUGGUGGUCACGAUGCUGGCUGUGGUAGGGAGGUUUGCCAUCUCAGCCUCAUUUUCUACUUCCUAUGUGUAUUGUGCAGAGCUGUUCCCCACUGUUCUGAGGCAGACCAGUUUGGGUUUAUGUUCAAUGUCAGCCAGAGUGGGUAGCAUCAUCUCCCCUCUGAUUGGUCUCUUGGACAAGUAUCAUCCUUCUAUCUCCAAGGCGAUAUUUGGAAGCACUCCAGUGAUUGGAGGAAUUCUUUGCUUCCUGCUCCCAGAGACACAUGGCAAAGAGCUUCAGGAUUACAUGGAGGAAGGUGUGGAUGGCCAGCGGUCCUGUGAAAAGGUCAAUGGUAGCUAUGAAAUUGGAUACUUGACAGUGAAAGAAGAUGGCCAAAGCACAGGACACACAAGGGUCACACGCCUCUAG